AUGGCCUGGGAUGUCACAGUGGCAGUAGGGGCGGCAGCAAUCUCAGCAGAUCUUGCUUGCAGGGGCUUCAAGGGUCUAUAUUUUCCUUCUCUAAAAAUGAAUGAAAAUGUAAUUUAUCCUUAUUUUGGAGAUAGGUUAAUUCAAGAUAAGCCCCAUGGACUGAGAAAUGCAAAUAACAAAGGAAAAACAGUGGCUUUUUCACUACAAGAAUAUAAUUCACCAUCUUUCAGACCAGAAUAUAUAGAAUUCAAACCAAAAUUUCAGUUUCAGAAAUUCAACAAAGAUGGUUUUGAUCCUUUCCUAAGGAAUAUAAACCAAACAAUGUCGGUCAGGAAAAGGAAAGAUCAAGAUGUAAAUAUAUGUAGGGACAUUUUAAGUGCAGAGGUCAUAGAGUAUGAAGACCAAGAUCCUCCUUAUCCAGCAUGUUCAAAGACUGCAGGACCUGCUGAGAAAACCUGGACCCUUGACUCUAGUAUCCUCACAAUUAAGCCUUUAGACACAAAGGAAGAGUUAGCCUAUGAUCCUAGUAUUAUCACAAUAAAGGCUUUAGAUACUACAAGUAAGUUAAAAGAGAGCCUACCAAAUGUAUCUCUAUCAAACUUCAAAGGAGAACCAUCAAUGACUAAAAAUGUGAAUGCAAACGUAUCUCGCCUCUCAAAGUCGUUAAGUCUUACCUCCCAUCUAGAAAAUUUAAAGCAAUCAGUGGUGCUCCAAUCAAUUUUAAGUAAAAAUCUGCAUGACUUUUCAGACACAUUAUUUUCUAAACCAGAAGUUGGUAUGAACAAUGAAGCAACAAAGAAAAGUAGUUCACUUCUCAGCAUUCAUGAUAAACCAUCAAGUAGUAUGGAAGACAAAGUUUGGGGAAAAAUCCAAGACUUAGAUAGCUGGCUUUCAGAAAAAGAUAUUUUUAAUUCAAAGGCUAUUUUAAGUCAAAUAAUUAAAACUAUUUCUGCAGAUUCACUUUUGGAACAUAGACCAGCAGAAUCUCUAGAAGUGGAGGAAUGUGUAUCUGAAAAACAUGUAAAGGCUGAUGAGAUAGAUAUCCCCAUUAAAAAAGAGAGUAGUUUCAAAAGAAAACAUCCAAUAAGUAAAGUAUCUAGCUCCAAAUCAGGUUUAAGUGGCCUUGUAUAUGACCAUGUCAUAAAGCAAAUAUUCACUGCACCGAUCUUCUCAGAAUUGGAGAUAGACACGAAAGAGCCGAGGGAUACCCACAUGAACUCACAAAAUCAAUUACCCACACCCCAGAAGAGAAGUUCAUCUUCACAUAUUCUAGUUCAUGAGGAAAAUGGUGAUGAAAUAGAAUUGUCACAGCCCGAAUCUGUUAUAAGCCAGAUAGUACAAGAAUUUCCUAUAGAUACUCUUGUAGAAUCUGGAAUAAUCAAAGUGAUAGAAUUGGAUAAAGAACACCAGAAAAUUUCUUUGCUGGAUACAGAGCUAGCGUUUCCUAAAGAAAAGCUAAAGGAUUCCAAAAAGUAUUAUUCAGAACUUGACAGUAAAACAGAACCCCUUUCAGAGCCAAACAUGCUCCUCAUUCCUAAAGACACCACUUCCUCUGUGAGUAGAGUCAAAUUUAUAGCAGGUCAAACUAUGUUCCCACAAGAUUCAAGACAUCAUUCAACACCAGAUAAAGAACCAGAAUUGCCAAGUAACAGUCAGAGACCUGAUAGAGAAGAAAAUGAUCUAAGUUCUACUUUGGAAAAUUUAACUAACUCCUUAAUGGGUAAACUUAGUGAGUUAGAUGCAUUAAUGUUAAAAUCCUUUUUCAAACACAUCUUUAAUGCUUUUUUAAAAAAUAAUCAGCCCGAAAGAAGCAGACAACCAGAAAAAGAAUUAGAAAAACAAACUCAACAUUCAUCUUCCAGUGGUACAAAACACCUGGAGGAAAUCCAAGGGAAUUUUGAUAAAGCAGACAAAUUAGAUAGACAACCUAUUUUGAGUCCAAAGGUGCACGUGUUUCUAGAAGAACUCUCAGAGUCAGAAGUAAAAAAUUUAAAAUCUGAAUUAAGUAAACAAAUCCAACAUUACCUUGUAGAAAAACUUUCAGAAGCAGGACAUAUCACCAAGGAGGACUUACCAAAAAUCUAUCGCAAUCUGUAUUUGUUGAAUGAGGAAGCAGAAAUGAAAGGGCAAAACAUGUUUCAGGGGAAGUGUUCCAAAACUGUGAAAGAAAUCAUGUCUUUUGUAAACAAUUUCAAUCAUCAUUUCAUAGAUAAACAUUUAGAAAUAAAGCUAAGAUCUUUUUUAAAUGAAAUUCUCCAAAGCUAUUUCCUAAAAUACCUAUCAGAAAGCAGUUUAUUUAAUGAGACAGAAUCUGAGACUACACACUCAAACAUAUCUUCUCUCAGAACUAAAAGUGCCUUAAUAUCUUUUCAUGAGUUAGAACAGGAUAUUUCAAAGGAGAGUUUUGGGAGAAGGCUUGAAAUCCACAUGAAAUAUCCUUUAAGUAAAUCUCUACAAAACUAUCUGGCCACUUUAUCAGAAAAUGAGUUAUUAAAUCUAAAAGCUGAUUUAAGCAAAUACCUCCAGAAUCUUUUUCUAGAAAAACUUUCAAGAUUAGGACAAAUGACAGAAAGACAAUUAGAGGGGAUCGAUCGACAUAUAAAUGUGCUCAAUUCUAGUUCCACACCAAUAAAACAUAUAAAGACAGAUUUGCCUUUAGGAGAUGAAAAUCACUUUGUGGAGAAGCAUUCAGAAAAGCAAAAUAAAUAUUCACAAAUUGUUCAAAAAAACACUUUACAAAAGGCUCCUGAGGAUAAACUUAGAGAAACAGAAUUGAUCAGAGAGAAAGAAAUGGAAUAUUUGUCCUUAAACAAUUCAAGAGAGAAUUCAUCAAUAGUUAGGGAACAGAAAAGUUAUUACCCUAAAGAAGAAGCUAAAACACUAAGUUUCAUAAAAGUACAACCUUCUUCCAACAAAAAUAUCCAGGCAAUUCCGUUAAGUCAGUCAUCAGAAAUACUUCCAGAUAUACUGCCUAAGAACCAAAGGAAAGAACAUGGGGUCCUGCAGCUUCCUCAAGCAGAGCAUUCUGUUUGUAAAACAGAGAUUCAAGACCCACACAGUUGGGGGUUUAAAUCAAAAAUGACUCAAUCAAAGGCUUGCUUUGAAAGGACACUGAAAACGAAGACCCUUGAGAGAAAGGAGCAUAUUAACAUCUAUAAAUUGACUGUUGAGGAAAAUCCUGAAACAGUAUUGUCAUUGUAUCCAAGACCUCCUGAUUGCAAAAUGACAUGGGAAGAUGAGGAAUACUUAAACAGACUCCCUUUCCCUUCCUGGAAAACUCACACUUUCACUCAUUUCCAUUCAGAGACUGGUGAGAAGUCAAAAUUAGAAGACCAGUAUUGUCAGAGGUUGAAAGGAAAUAAUAACAACAAUAAAAAACAUUUAGUAACAUCAGCACGACACAAAAAGGAUACACAAACUCUUUAUAUAAAACCAGAUGAAAUUUCCAAUGAAAAAUGUGCCAAGUUCUCUGAAUCACAAUUGUUCAAAUAUAAAGUUGCAGAAGAUGAGAAAAACUCAAAACCAUCCCUCUUCCCAGAAUUAUUGAAGAGAGAAAAUCUAAAACCUAAGGUCCAGAAAGAAAGGGAUCAUGUCACCAAACCAAAAAAGUCAUUUCACAAGAUAGUUAGGAUACUACCAACCACACCAUCUGCCACAAGAAUCCAUCAAAAGAAAUCUAUUCCAAGGACACUGCUUCACUGGACUGCAAGAAGAACUAUACAUGAUUGCUCCGAUAAAUUCGAGGAUCUACAUGCGACCUCAUUUACACAACUUAACAGAGGAAAAUCGAGAUCAAGGCUUCUAGGAAACAGCCCAGGAGGCAGCAGCGGCCUUGCCAAGCGUUCGAAGAGACCAAACACUGCUCCUGAGGGGAAGCGCUGUGAAGGCCGCGGGGGGAAGUUUGCAGGGGGUUCACCAGGCUUAGCCCAUCCAAACGCCACAACCUCAGACUGCGAAAUGCCUAAGAUGCGGCCAAAAGAAAAAUUGAAAGAGGGUGUUGAAACCUGUUCACUCAUUUGUGAUAUGAUACAAAUGUUAAACAACUUAGAAUGA